GAAAUUGAAUACUCAAAUAUUACAUUACAUAAUAGGCUAGUGACCUCCAGCGCAAUGUUCCUUAAAAACGAAAGAAAUCCUCCCUCUUCACGCAUCCAAUUCUGAUAGUUGAAAAUCAAUCCACUAAUUUUUACUGCUACAAUCUUACCCACUGCAGAAAAUUCAGAGACACUGCACGAAUUGAUCGUUGUUGUUCAAUAUUGAAGAAAGGGGUUGACUUUGAGGAGUGGUAAAUUGCACUGCAGUAGCCAGUAGUUGUACCUCACUCGAUCAGAACUUGCAAUGGGAUCCGGCGCCCAGUCACUGGAAAUGUGGAGAGGCAAAAGAGUCUCGAUCUUCAUUGUAAUUGCGUGCACAAGCCUUCUCUGCAGUGCGUUCAACGGUGCUCUUGCUACAGUACCCGAAUUAGGAUCCACCCGUGUUGUCUUUCAGACAAACUAUGGGGACAUUGAAUUUGGUUUCUACCCUAGUGUUGCACCAAAAACGGUUGAACACAUCUUCAAGCUUGUUCGACUGGGAUGCUAUAAUACCAACCACUUUUUCCGGGUUGACAGAGGGUUUGUUGCCCAGGUAGCGGAUGUCAAUGGAGGAAGAAGUGCUCCUAUGAAUGCAGUGCAGAAGUUGGAAGCUGACAGAACUGUUGUCGGUGAAUUCAGUGAUGUCAAACACGUAAGAGGUAUUCUUUCCAUGGGAAGAUUUUCUGACCCAGACAGUGCAGCAUCCUCCUUCUCAAUGCUCCUUGGAGAUGCCCCUCACCUUGAUGGCGAGUAUGCUGUAUUUGGUAAAGUUACAAAAGGUGAUGAAACUUUAAGAAAGCUUGAGCAACUCCCUACCCGGAAGGAAGGAAUCUUCGUCAUGCCAACUGAGCGCAUCACAAUAUUGUCAUCAUAUUAUUAUGAUACCGAGACAGAAACUUGUGAAGACGACAGGCUAAUGUUGAAACGGAGGCUUGCAGCAUCUGCUGUUGAAAUCGAAAGACAGAGAAUGAAGUGCUUUCCAUAAACUGGAGAGAGAAAUUGAGGCCAACCGGAUUGCUAUUCCAUUUGCUGGGCAAGUGGAUGGGGCAGAUAUUUGUUUGGCAUAGGAAUUAGUAUUCUUAAUAUUCACAGUAGCGAUAAUUGUCUUCAUACAUGAGGGUGACAUUGUCGUCUGAAUUAAAUGUCUUCAAUACACACCAAAUCAGUUGUUUGUUCCUUUUUGUUAACUAUAAACAUGUGUUUAUGAAAUCACAUUUUCUCGUUCCAAAAAGCAGCAGUGGUA